CGGGAGGCGGGACGGCCUUAAAGGGGCCAUGACCGCGCGGGGGCCGCGGCCGCCGCCAGGGCCGGAGCGGGGCGAGAGCGGCGGCCGGGUUCUGGCUGGGCGCGGCCCGCCCCGGCCAUGGGGCAGAGCGAGUCACAGCAGGAGGCUGAGGCCACUCUCCUCAGGGGGCUGCUGGGGGUCUUCAGCAGGGAGCAGCUCCCGGCGCGCGCGGUUCUGGGGACCAUUCUGGGCCUGACUGUGCUCGUCAUGGCCGUGGCCGUGCUGGGCUGGUGGCUGCGCCUCAAGAAGGUGCCAGCGCAGGAGCCACCGCGCUACCGCUUCCGCAAGCGGGACAAGGUCCUGUUCUACAGCCGCAAGAUCAUGCGUAAGGUGUCCCAGUCCACGUCAUCGCUGGUGGACGUUGGUGUCCCCGGCGGUGCCGCGCGCCUGCGCAGCCGCAAGAAGCUCAAGGUGCUCAGCAUCGCCAAGAAGGUCUCAGCCAGUUUCCUGCGGAUCCAGAAGGAGCCUCCCACGCUGCAGCUGAAGGAGCCGCCGCCCUCGGUGCUGGAGGCCGACCUGACCGAGUUCGACGUGGCCUCGUCCCACCUGCCCUCCGAGGUGCUCUACAUGCUCAAGAACGUCCGGGUGCUGGGACACUUUGAGAAGCCGCUGUUCCUGGAGCUGUGCAAGCACAUGGUGUUCCAGCAGUGCCAGCAGGGCGAGGAUGUGUUCCGGCCCGGCCAGCCCGACACCAGCAUCUACGUCCUGCAGGAGGGCAAACUGGAGCUGCUGCUCACCGAGGCGGACGGGAAGGAGACGGUGAUGAAGGAGGUGUUCCCUGGGGACAGCGUCCACAGCCUGCUCAGCAUCCUCGACGUCAUCACGGGCCACCAGCGGCCGUACCGGACGGUUUGCGCCCGCGCCGCCGAGGACUCCACCGUGCUGCGCCUGCCGGUCGAGGCCUUCUCGGCCGUCUUUGAGAAGUACCCCGAGAGCCUGGUCAGGGUGGUGCAGAUCAUCAUGGUGCGGCUGCAGCGCGUCACCUUCCUGGCCUUGCACAACUACCUGGGCUUGACCAACGAGCUCUUCAGCCACGACAUGCAGCCCCUGCGGCUCUUCCCUCAGCCCGGCCACGCCGCCCGCACCAGCCCGGUCCGUCACGGCAAGCGCGGCCUGGGCAGCGCCGACGAGGGCCGGACGCCGGUGAGACCCCCGAGACCCCCACCCCAAUCAUUUUUGGGGUCUCCACCACCCCAUGCUCAGGUUUUUUUUGGGGUUCCUCCUCCCAAAGCCGAGCUGAUGAAAGCCACCGGCCUGGAGGCCCCGGCGCCGCCGCCGCUGCUGAGCCGCUGCAUCUCCAUGCCCGUGGACAUCUCCGGCAUCCAGAAGGGUCCUCGCUCGGAUUUCGACAUGGCCUACGAGCGCGGGCGCAUCUCGGUGUCGCUGCAGGAGGACAGCACCGGCGCCUUCGGGCAGGCGUCCCAGGAGCCCAAGGAGCGCAAGUCGGUGACGCUGGAGGAGCAGCCCUCGGGGAUCUACCACUACAGCUCCUGCGAGGAGGACACGGCCACGGCCACCGCCACGGGGACCUGUCCCUUCGGGCCCUACCAGGGCCGCCAGACCAGCGACAUCUUCGAGGAGGCCAAGAGGGAGCUCAUCAAGCUCAUGAAGAUCGAGGACCCUUCUCUGCUCAACAACCGCGUCCUGCUCCACCACGCCAAGGGCGGCACGGUCAUCGCUCGCCAGGGUGACCAGGACGUGAGCCUGCACUUCGUGCUCUGGGGGUGUCUCCACGUCUACCAGCGCAUGAUCGACAAGGAGGAGGACGUCUGCCUGUUCCUCACGCAGCCCGGCGAGCUGGUGGGACAGCUGGCCGUGCUCACCGGGGAACCUCUCAUCUUCACCAUCAAGGCCAACCGCGACUGCACCUUCCUCAAGAUCUCCAAGUCCGACUUCUACGAGAUCAUGCGGGAGCAGCCCAGCGUGGUCCUGAGCGUGGCCCACACGGUGGCCGCCCGCAUGUCGCCCUUCGUGCGCCAGAUGGACUUCGCCAUCGACUGGAUGGCCGUGGAGGCCGGCCGGGCGCUCUACAGGCAGGGGGACAAGUCGGACUGCACCUACAUCGUCCUCAACGGGCGGCUGCGCUCGGUCAUCCAGAAGGGCAGCGGCAAGAAGGAGCUGGUGGGCGAGUACGGCCGCGGCGACCUGGUGGGCGUGGUGGAGGCGCUGACGCGGCAGCCCAGGGCCACCACGGUGCACGCGGUGAGGGACACGGAGCUGGCCAAGCUGCCCGAGGGGACCCUCAACAACAUCAAGAGGAGAUACCCGCAGGUGGUCACCCGCCUCAUCCACCUCCUGAGCCAGAAGAUCCUGGGCAACCUCCAGCAGCUCCGCGGGCCCUUCCCAGGGUCCGGCCUGGGCAUGGCCUCCAGCUCGGAGCCCAUCAACCCCACCAGCAACCUGGCGACGGUGGCGGUGCUGCCCGUGUGCGACGAGGUGCCCAUGGCGGCCUUCACGCUGGAGCUGCAGCACGCGCUCAACGCCAUCGGCCCCACGCUGCUCCUCACCAGCGACAUCAUCCGCGCCCGCCUGGGUUCCUCGGCUCUGGAGAGCAUCCAGGAGUACCGGCUGUCGGGGUGGCUGGCGCAGCAGGAGGAUCUCCACCGCAUCGUGCUCUACCAGACGGACUGCACGCUGACCCCGUGGACGCUGCGCUGCAUCCGCCAGGCCGACUGCAUCCUCAUCGUGGGGCUGGGAGAGCAGGAGCCCGCCCUCGGGGAGCUGGAGCAGAUGCUGGAGAACACGGCGGUGCGGGCGCUGAAGCAGCUGGUGCUGCUGCACCGCGAGGACGGCGCCGGCCCGGCGCGCACGGUGGAGUGGCUCAACAUGCGCAGCUGGUGCUCGGGCCACCUGCACAUCCGCUGUCCCCGCCGCGUCUUCUCGCGCCGCAGCCCCGCCAAGCUGCGGGAGAUGUACGAGAAGGUGUUUGAGAAGAGCGCCGACCGGCACAGCGACUUCUCGCGCCUGGCGCGCGUCCUCACCGGAAACACCAUCGCCCUGGUGCUGGGCGGCGGCGGCGCCAGGGGCUGCUCUCACAUUGGGGUGAUCAAGGCCAUGGAGGAGUCGGGGAUCCCCAUUGAUCUGGUGGGGGGCACCUCCAUCGGCGCCUUCAUCGGCGCGCUCUACGCCGAGGAGCGCAGCGCCGUGCGCACCAAACAGCGCGCCCGCGAGUGGGCCCGGUGCAUGAAUUCCGUUUUCGAGACCGUGCUGGACCUCACCUACCCCAUCACCUCCAUGUUCUCGGGCUCGGCCUUCAACGCCAGCAUCAACCGAGUGUUCCAGGACAAGCAGAUCGAGGACCUGUGGCUGCCCUACUUCAACGUCACCACCGACAUCACGGCCUCGGCCAUGCGGGUGCACACGGACGGCUCGCUCUGGCGCUACGUGCGCGCCAGCAUGACCCUCUCGGGGUACCUCCCCCCGCUCUGCGACCCCAAGGACGGCAACCUCCUGAUGGACGGGGGGUACAUCAACAACCUGCCAGCCGACAUCGCGCGCAACAUGGGCGCCAAGACCGUCAUCGCCAUCGACGUGGGCAGCCAGGACGAGACCGACCUGUGCAACUACGGAGACUCCUUGUCCGGCUGGUGGCUCCUCUGGAAGCGCCUCAACCCCUGGGCUGAGAAGGUCAAGGUUCCGGACAUGGCGGAGAUCCAAUCUCGCCUGGCCUACGUGUCCUGCGUGCGGCAGCUCGAGGUGGUCAAGUCCAGCUCCUACUGCGAGUACAUCCGGCCACCCAUCGACCGCUUCAAGACCAUGGACUUCGGCAAGUUCGACGAGAUCUACGACGUGGGCUACCAGCACGGCAAGGUGGUGUUCGAGGGCUGGAGCCGCGGGGACGUCAUCGAGAAGAUGGUGAAGGAUCGGCGCUCGGCCGACUUCUACGAGAGCAAACGCAUGGACGUGCUCACCUGUCCCAGCGCCGGUUUCACCGACCUGGCCGAGAUCGUUUCACGCAUCGAACCCGCCCAGCCCUACCUGAGCGACGGCUACGGCGACGAGGAAUCCGAUUACCUGACGGAGUUCGAGGACGAGGGCCCGGAGUCGCUGCGGGGCGAGGAGGACGCGGCCGAGUGGGGCAGCGCCGAGGCCGAGGAGGAGAAGCCCCUCGGGCACCGCCCGAGCGCCGCCGGGACCCCCCCGCCCCCCCCCGGGGACCCCGAUGGCUUCUGAGGCACCGACGGUGACACCGACGACCCAAAACGUCCCCAAAACGUCCCCAAAAUGUCCCCUCGGUGUCCCCAAACCUGGGGGACCCCCCCUCCCCCCCGUUCUAGCACUUUCUACGGGGCCUGGGACCCCCCGUGUCCCCCCCAAUGUCCCCAGUGUCCCCCCCCCGGCCCUGGGGUGACACUGGGGGGUCUCGAUGUCCCCUCAGUGUCCCCGGGACCCCUCAAUGUCCCCGGGGGGGGGUCCCGAUGUCCCCCCAAUGUCCCCAACGUCUCCGGGGGGAUCUCAGGACCCCUCAGUGUCCCCUCAGUGUCCUUGGGGGGUUCUGGGACCCCUCAAUGUCCCCUCAGUGUCCCCUGGGGGGUUCUGGGACCCCUCAAUGUCCCCUCAGUGUCCCCUGGGGGGGGUUCCGGGACCCCUCAAUGUCCCAAAUGUCCCCUGAGGGGUGGGGGAGGGGUCCCGAUGUCCCCUCAGUGUCCCCAAUGUCCCCCCCGCCGGCCUCGGGGGCCGCUGCUGUAAAUGUUCCUUUCUCGGUUCGUUUUUUUUUUACCGGUUCUGACCGCACUCCGGGCCGGCUGGAUGGGUCAUUAAUUAUAAUUAAUUACUGAUUAA